CCGACGACCAGUACUAAACCAACAAUAGUGCGCGUCGCGUCGUCAUCGUCGCCGCCGUCCGGACGCGGUCCCCAUCGUUGAAUUACAUCGUAAAUUCACAUCGUCUUCGUGUAAUGUGGACACCAUAAAGAAAAAAUCGAUUCUAAAAACUUCUUUUAGAAUAAACUUUUCCUCUUUUUCCUGCUUCAGUUAUUUCUCUUCAUUCAAAACACCAUGGGGGAACCCCACAAUAAUAGUUCGACUUUAAUCCAAUGUACAGAUGGUUUGGUCAUACCAUGCUGGCUUCCUUUGCAAGAUUUAACAACUAUGGAAAGAAUUUGUCGUGGUUUGGUGUAUUUCAUCGCUUUGGUGUACCUUUUUAUCGGCGUUUCAAUCAUAUCGGAUAGAUUUAUGGCUGCCAUUGAAGUGAUUACUUCGCAAGAAAGGGAGGUUAAAGUGAGGAAAUCGAAUGGGGAGCGUCAUAUAUUGGUGGUGAGGGUUUGGAAUGAAACGGUAGCUAAUUUAACCCUUAUGGCCCUUGGAUCGAGCGCACCGGAAAUUUUAUUAUCCGUUAUUGAAAUUUACGCAAAACAUUUUGAAGCCGGAGACUUAGGACCGGGAACGAUUGUUGGUUCUGCAGCUUAUAACCUUUUUAUUAUUAUUGCCAUCUGCGUUUCGGUUAUUCCGAAAGGAGAAACGAGACGAAUAAAACAUUUAAGCGUAUUUUUCGUUACCGCAACAUGGUCGGUGUUUGCUUACAUUUGGCUAUAUGCUAUCUUGGCCAUUAUUACUCCGGGAAUUGUUGAAGUUUGGGAAGCACUUCUUACAUUCAUUUUCUUUCCUGCCACUGUUUUAACGGCUUACAUGGCAGAUCGAAAAAUGUAUAAAUACAUUAGAAAAGGUUAUCGGAUGAAUCGGCGUGGUGUUAUUGUUCAAGCAGAAGCUUUAGAACUUGGAUCUAAUGAUUUAAUGGACGCGGAAGAUGCUCACGAAGAAAUCAAAACUGAGUACAUAACAACGUUAAAAGAAUUGAGAGCACAACACCCAACAUGCGACUUGGAAUCAUUAGAAAGGAUGGCCCACGAAUUACUUUUAAAUCGUGGUCCAAAAUCUCGAGCUUUUUAUCGAAUCCAAGCGACCAGAAAAUUAAUGGGUUCUGGAGAUUUAUUAAGACGAAUUUCGGAAAGAGCCCAAAGUGAUCUUAGUGAAGUUAAAGCCGAACUUCAAAGAGAAUCCGGUGCCGCUGAAUUUAAUCCGUCAGCUUCCAGUAAAGUUAUCUUCGAACCUGCUACUUACACCGUUUUAGAAAGUUGCGGAAGAUUCGACGUCCGUGUCUUAAGACAUGGAGAUGUCGAUGGUCCCUUGAUGAUUGAUUACUGCACCGAAGAUGGUACGGCUACGGCCGGAGCUGAUUACAUAGCAACAAAGGGCACCUUACAUUUCGCACCGGGCGAAAAAGAAAAGAGUUUCUCUUUAGAAGUAAUCGACGACGACGUCUUCGAAGCGGACGAACAUUUUUACGUUAGAUUAAGAAAUAGUCAACCCCCCGGUAUGAUCGGUUCACCAAAUUUAGCAACGAUAAUAAUCAUGGACGAUGACCAUGGGGGUAUUUUUAAAUUUACAAAACAAAACUUUGAACUGGUUGAAAGUGUUGGUACUUAUGAGCUGAACGUGAAUAGGUGUUCUGGAGCUAGAGGACGUGUUUUGGUUCCGUAUUGGACGGAAGAUGGUACAGCCAAAAAUGGGAAGGAGUACGAUAGCGUUGAAGGGCAUCUUGUCUUUGAAAACAAUGAAUCUGAGAAAAGUAUAAUUUUAACUAUAAUCAAAGAAGAUAGUUAUGAAAAAGAUGUCCUGUUCUACGUGCAAUUAGGGGAGCCUCAAAUGUGCGGUGAUGAAGCUAGUUUAGCAGCAUCAGCAGAGAAAAAAAGACCUGAAGAUAGAACAGAACAGGAGAAAGUAGCUCUACUGGGAAAACCACGACUCGGCGAAAUAACACGGGCCCAGAUCCGGAUUAAAGAAAGCAAGGAAUUCAAGAACACUGUCGACAAGUUGGUGCAAAGAGCCAACGCAUCACUCCUAAUAGGAACGUCAUCUUGGAAAGAACAGUUUGUGGAAGCCGUAAACGUCAGCGCCAGCGAUGAAUCGGAUGAGAAAGCUCCUUCAUACAUGGACUAUUUUAUGCACUGUCUAACAUUCUUUUGGAAAGUUGCCUUUGCUUUCGUUCCCCCAACAGGAUUAUUUAGAGGAUAUCUUUGUUUCGUAAUAUCUAUAGUUGUAAUUGGUAUUGUUACGGCUGUUAUUGGUGACGUAGCAUCUCAUUUUGGUGCUACAUUAGGAAUUAAGGAUUCCGUAACAGCUAUUGUAUUCGUAGCUUUGGGCACAAGUAUUCCAGAUACUUUCGCAAGUAAAGUGGCCGCGAUCCAAGAUAAGUACGCGGACGCAAGCAUAGGGAACGUGACCGGAAGUAACGCCGUCAACGUUUUUCUUGGAAUAGGCGUGGCAUGGUCCCUAGCGGCCAUCUACCACAACUAUCACGGGAACGCUUUCAAAGUGAACCCGGGCAAUUUGGCAUUCUCUGUAACAAUGUUCUGUAUUGGAGCGGGAAUAACCAUCAUCGUCUUACUUCUUAGGCGAUCAAAAUCAAUAGGUGGUGAAUUGGGUGGUCCAGUUGUAGCCAAAUAUAUUACAUCCGGAUUUUUAUUCCUAUUAUGGGUCAUGUACCUGGUGUUAUCAUCAUUAGAAGUGUACGGCGUUGUUAAGGGCUUCUAAAUCUUCUGCAACUUUGUAUUUUAGUUGAAGAAAUGAAAAGUAUAAAAUUAAAAAUUUUAAAACCCAAUCUUAAAAAUGUCCUGUCUCUCUUUAGUACUAUAUUGAUAAUAAUAACGAAGAAGUAAGUUCAUAAAUCGAACAUAAACGUUUCGUAGUAAGUGUUAAAAUGCCAAAGCAAUGUUUAUUACUGUUAAUUAAUGUUACUAUACUAAUUAAGUACUUAAGAGGACGUUGUUAUAAUGCCUAGAUGUAAAUAAGAACGAGAGUCCGUUUUAUAUUUAUUGUUGCGCGCGCUAGUUGUUUUUAAUUGUACAUAAGUGUGGUUAUAGGGAUAUUAAUUUAAAAUUUAGAACGAACGAAGAAGAUAGGCGAAAGAACUAAUCGAGAAUAUCGAUUAGUACAAAGAAGAAACGGCUUUAGCAGACUUAUUAGCGACAACAACUGCCAACAGCCUACGUUUUUUGUUACCUAAUUAAUUAGAUUAGUUACAUAUUAUCAUUUAUCAUAAAGUACAUUUUAAACAUAGGGUAUUUUUAGAAAAAGAAAAUUUUCAACGAACCACCCAGUAUAAAUUUUAACCUCCAUCAUUCAGUUUUAUUUAGUACCUGCAUUUAAAUGAUCCCUUCAUAAUUAACAUUGCGUUGAAACACCCAAAAUCAUUUAUUUAUUACUACAUACUAUCAUUUUGAGAAAUGUAUAUUGUGUAAAUAUUUAACGAUACCUAUUAUUCAUACCUGCCACGUUGAAAUUGCUUAUUUGUUAUUGUAACAAAAAAGAAUUAAAGUUUUAAACAUUCCACGAAUUAAAACACGAACCUCAAAUAAGCAGCUUCGAUAAGUACGUAGUAUUUAUUUCUUAAUUAAUUAAUUCUUCCGUACACCCUUUAAAAAGAGCGUAUUAUUCAAAAGAUGCUGACGAAUUCCACAAACUAAAACAUGCCUUAAAAUUGAUCAUCUCAAAUGUUGUAAUUGGAUAAAAAAUUAAACAUUUUCAACUAUACACAACCAAUUUUAAUCACAAAAAAGGAUAGAAAAAGACAUAGAAUAUGAGUCAAUUUUUCAAUUUAAAACAAAAAUUAGAAUAAACAUUAAAUCGAAAAAUUUAGGAAAAGUUGACCAAAAUAAAAAUGGAAUUGUAGCAAUUUCGACUGAUUCAGACCAAUACCACGAUUGAAGUUAGGCACAAAACGUAUUACAUUAACUAACACUUCAAUUUAGCGGAGAAAGUGCAAUUCUUUGGAACAAUAUUAAACUAGAACAAAGUCUGAUUAGAAAAAAACAAACAAUGGGAACUAUACGAACCAAUCUUAUGUAAAAUUUUGAGAUAUCACGAGCUCUUCUAUAGAAUCGUAGAGUAGAUUUUUCAACCUAUACUAUUCUGAGGUUGCUUUUUAAUUAAAUUAGGCCACUAUAAAAAAAAAAUGCCAUUAAAACAUAAUAAUACGACGUUAUAGUAUGUUAAUUUGUUUUCUGCAGGGUGAGUUGGGAAGAUUUUUAGUCAUAAACACAAUUCCAAAAUAAAUAUUCAAUUACCUUGAUAAAUAAUACUAAUUGUUUUAUGACUUUGUAACUUUAUUUAUCCGAUCCUAACUCCAUACACCCUGAUUAGUUUACAUCUUUAGUUAAAAUGUUCUAAUAAAGAAAAUAAACUUAAAAAUAAAACUCUAGUCGCUCCAUAGAUAUAGAAAAACUAUUACAUAAACCCUACUUGUAAAUUUUCCUUAUACUCUUAAAAAAAAUUUAGUAACUACAUUAGAAUUAAAUGACAAAAAAAAAGAUUCGAUCUUCCAUAAAAGGAUUAAAUGAAAUAACGCAAGGAAAUAAAUUAUAUAAAGAAUAAACGGCAAAGAGUACUUAUAUUAAAAACAAUGAAAACGCCACGUCGCUGUUGUAAAUUUUGAAAUUAAUUCAUUAAAUCAUACUAGUUGUUCAUAUCAGAUGUUUAAAAUGAACGGAAAGGACGAUUUUAAAACAUUGUUAUCGUUGUACUAUUUUCUAACGUUAACAUAUCCGGCACAACUUUUUAAAAUGUUAAAGAAAUGACAAGAAUCAAAUCGUCUUAAUGGCCAAAUCAACUCGAAACUACUUGUAGUUUUAAGUUUAUAAUCACACUACCGGUAUGUGAAAAAGAAAAUGUUAAAAUACAAUAAUUUAUGAUGGAUAUAUUGUAAUAAGUAAUAGAUGAAAAAUAAAUAUAUAUACUCAAGUUUAA